CUUUGUGGCCCAGGGACUGUAAUUCUGGUUCUGCUCUACUGUGUUGUGUUGCAGCUGCAGAUUUUUUAGCUGCAGCCACAACAUCCCAAGCUAGGCAUUUUUUGUCCGAGUUAGUGUUGAUGGUGUUAGUGUGUAUGUUGAAGAAAACGCUGUCGUUAAUUUUAUUUAUUUCGCUGCGCGCAUGUGAACGCAUACAUAUAUUACUACGAAUAUCACAUUGUUGUCAAAAACAAACACAUUUGUACAUUAAUGUAUAUUGUGCUUCGAAUACAGACAUACAUACAUAUGUAUACAUAUAACAAUAAUAAGCAGCAAGCAUAAAAUCAACUGAAGCGCAACACAGCAGCAGCAAACAACAGGAGUCUUGGCCAGAUAAAUCAAAGCAAAGCAAGCGGCAGUAGAAGCAUUAAAAGAGAGCAUUAAUUAAAGAAAAGUUAUAAUUAUAAGAGCCAAGCCAGCAAGACGAGCCAGUGUGCAUACCACAAACAAAGUUCAAAUUCAAAUCAAUAACUGUAAGAAAUAAUCACGCAACCACAUCAAGGGCAGCCUAAAUAAAGUAUUACAUACAACAAAACAACGCACGAAGAGACUGAGAGACACGCAACAACACGCAUUGUGUAUGUACGCCCACUAAGUAUACACCAAAGCAAAAGCGUUAAGAGCAAUAGCAACUUAGCAACUGGACUGCAUUUAAAGCGACGCCUACAAAACUUUGCGAGCCAGCAUCAGCAGCAGUAGAAGUUCACCAUGAGCUCACCGAUUGUAACUAGACGAAGCGCUCAGCAGGCGAAGAUACAGACGCGCGCCAUGGUCAAGUCAAAAACAUCAGCAAUUGCCUCGUCAUCGGCGACACUAGCGUCAAGCACAACAACGACGACCGGUGCUACGACUGUGACGACGGCCAGCGCCGCUUUAUUAGAGGCGAAACGUCGAGCUCGCAACAUGCUCAAGGCGCAAAAAAAUAACACAAUUGCCAUACAGGAUGGCGUUACGGAUAACUUUCAGAAUGCUAUUAUUGCCAAGGGGUUGCGUCGUGGAGCCACUGCUCUGAUCUUCGAUGAGUCCAUGAGCCAGCAUCGCUGCCUGUGGGAUGAUACGCAUCAGGAGCGCCCCGAACGCUUCACACGCACACUCGAGCGCUGCCGUGAGCUGAAGCUUGUGGAGCGCUGCCUGCAGCUACCUUCUCGUGUGGCGAGCAAAGCGGAAAUCCUCAAGCUGCAUUCCGACGAGCAUUAUGACCGUCUCGAGAGCACUGCCGGCGUACAGGACCCGGAUGCCAUGGAGGAGCUCAGCUCGCACUACGACGCCAUCUACAUACAUCCGUCCACGUUCAAGCUGUCGCUACUGGCCAGCGGUUCGACCAUAGAGCUGGUGGAGCAUCUGCUGACGGGCAAGGCGCAGAAUGGCAUGGCCAUUAUACGUCCGCCGGGUCAUCAUGCGAUGAAGUCGGAGUUCAAUGGCUAUUGCUACUUCAACAAUGUGGCAUUGGCGGCUCAGCAUGCGCUCGAUGCACACAAGCUGCAACGCAUAAUGAUCAUUGACUACGAUGUGCACCAUGGUCAGGGCACGCAGCGCUUCUUUUACAAUGAUGCCAGGGUGCUCUAUUUCUCUAUACAUCGCUAUGAGCAUGGCAGCUUUUGGCCCAAUUUGCCGGAGUCGGAUUAUCAUGCGAUUGGCGCUGGUGCAGGUCUGGGCUACAACUUUAAUGUGCCGUUGAACAAGAAGGGCAUGGGCAAUGGCGACUACAUGGCCAUUUUCCAGCAGCUGCUGCUGCCCGUGGCCAUAGAGUUUCAGCCAGAGCUGAUCAUUGUCUCUGCCGGCUACGAUGCCGCGCUUGGUUGUCCCGAGGGUGAAAUGGAAGUGACACCCGCCUGCUAUCCACAUCUAUUGAAUCCAUUGCUGCAGCUGGCCAAUGGACGCGUGGCUGUGGUGCUCGAGGGCGGCUACUGCGUCGAGUCGCUUGAAGAGGGCGCGGCUCUAACGCUGCGCGCAUUGUUGGGCGAUCCCUGCCCGCCGCUGGUAGAGCGUCUGGAACUACCCAGCGAGGAGCUGCGCGAGGCGCUGCUCAACUCAAUCUGUGUGCAUCGACCCUAUUGGCGUUGCCUGCAGCUGCAGCAGACCUAUGGGCCGGAGGAGUAUGCAGCUGCCGCCGGUGACAAUGACGUCUCGCUGUUGCAUUGCGUACGGCGCAUUUGGUUGGGCGGCGAGUUGCCGCCAGCGUUGCCGCAGUCGGAGCAGCGCUAUCCGACGCGUGGCACCUCCGCUCAACUCGAACCGCAGGUGGUGGCCGCCAGCGCAGCGCGUCUGCAACGACUGCGCAACGAGACGCAGCUGUUGGUGCCGGCAAUGCGUGUGUGCUAUGCCUACGACCCCGAAAUGCUGGAGCAUUGCAAUCUACACGACAGCUCGCAUCCGGAGCAGCCCCUGCGCAUACGGCGCAUUCAUCAGAUGCACGAGAGCUACGAGCUGCUGGAUCGCAUGCAGCUGCUGAAGCCGCGCGCCGCCACCACGGAUGAGAUCUGUCUGGCGCACACGCGCUCACACGUGAACACAGUGCGUCGCCUGCAGGGACGCAGCCCCGAGGAGCUGCAGCAGCUGAGCAGUGGCUACAACUCGGUCUACUUGCACACAGAGACCUUUAAGUGCGCCACACUCGCCUCGGGUGCAGUGCUCCAGGCUGUGGACAGCGUCAUGAGCGGCGAGACGCGCUGCGGCAUAUGCAAUGUGCGCCCGCCCGGCCAUCAUGCCGAGCCGGACAAGCCGCACGGCUUUUGCAUAUUGAACAAUGUGGCCAUUGCGGCGCAGUAUGCCAUACGCGAGUACGGGCUGGAGCGCGUGCUGAUUGUGGACUGGGAUGUGCAUCAUGGCAAUGGUACGCAACACAUCUUUGAGUCGAAUCCCAAGGUGCUGUACAUGAGUCUGCAUCGCUAUGAGCAUGGCGCCUUCUUUCCCAAGGGCCCCGAUGGCAACUUCGACAAGGUGGGCCUUAACGAGGGGCGUGGCUUUAAUGUGAACAUACCCUGGAACAAGAAGGGCAUGGGUGAUCUGGAGUAUGCGCUGGCCUUCCAACAGCUCAUACUGCCCAUUGCCUAUGAAUUUAAUCCGCAGUUGGUGCUUGUCUCGGCGGGCUUUGAUGCUGCCAUUGGGGAUCCAUUGGGCGGCUGCAAGCUGACGCCGGAGGGCUAUGGACUCUUCACGCACUGGCUAUCGGCGCUGGCGGGUGGACGUGUCAUUGUCUGCCUGGAGGGCGGCUAUAAUGUACACUCCAUUGCCUAUGCCAUGACCAUGUGCACCAAGGCGCUGCUGGGAGAUCCGAUACCAACACCGCAGUUCGGCGCCGCCGCCCAGCGUCCCGCAACGGUCGCCUUCCAGAGCUGCGUCGAAACCUUGCAGCAGUGCGUGCAGACCCAGCGAGAAUUCUGGAGGUCUCUGAUGUUUGGCUGUAAGCUGCCGCAGUGCACUGUGGGCGAGAACAACAACGAGGAUUUUCUUGCUGCUACUAUGGAUCAGUUGAGCAUUUCAAAUGACGAUGCGCUGGGUGCGGCGGGCGGAGUCGACAGCGAUGCCGGUCAUGCCGCUCAGGAGCGUCCCAGCGGCAGCAAGCCCAAAGUCAAGGUAAAAACGCUCAGCGAGUUUAUGGAGGAGCACAAGGAGUUGCUCGAGCGCCAGGAAAUGUUUGCGGUUUAUCCGCUCAAGAGCUGCCCACACUUGAGUCAAUUGCGUCCGGAGCUGGCGCCCCAAUCAAUAGAUGCAGACGCCGCAUGCGUCGACUGCGGGUCAACGGCGGAGAACUGGUUCUGUCUAAGCUGCUGGAGGAUCGGCUGCGGCCGCUACAUAAAUGAGCACAUGGAGCAACACUGCCGCCUGGCGCAGCACGCCUUGGCGCUGAGCUUGAGUGACUUAUCCGUGUGGUGCUAUGAGUGCAGCGCCUACUUGGAUCACCCGCUGCUGCACGUCUAUCAGAAUCUGGCGCAUUUGCACAAGUUCAAGGAGGACAUGCCCUGGACGCACAGCUGCCGCAAGCGUGCUGAUGGCUGCUACUCAACGAGUGCUUCUCAACCAGAUGAGCAGCAGGACGAUUGCAGCAGCAGCAGCAGCAACUACUAUAUACAGUUGGAGCGACAUGACUGACCCUUAGUGCUGCGUGUGCUGCACGCUCUCACGGAUUAUCUGUGCCAGCUGUGUCCGCCGCUGCGCUAUUUACUGCAGCUGCUUGUCGAUCACAUGUGGCCGCUGCUCGAACGCAUUUAUCUCAAGCUGCUGCAUUAUUUUCUGGCCAACUGAUACCCCCCAAUCUACUGAACCAUUUUACCUAACCAAAGUUGACAUCGCCGGACCGCUGAAGUGAAGGCGCAUCGUCUGUAUUCUGCCUGCCAUUGGCUUCAAGUUGUUGUUUUGUAAGGCGAACUGCCCUACACAAUUGUAAUCAUAUAGAAAUUGUUAAAUAUUAAUUCAGAGUAUACAACACAUAUACAUAUAUGUAUGU